GGCUCGGAGGUGCUGGACGCGCAUGCGCAGUUGUUGCUGGGAGAUGCCGCCCACUUUCACAAGGAAUACCGGGAGUUGUAGUCUCCCGUUUGUCGCUUACAGCGGUAGUAGGAGGAAGGGACUAUGGAAACUAUAACCAGAGUGAGAUUUAACAAUGUGCGACAACACUGCUAAACCAGCAGAAGAUGUGUGAGCGGAUGGCAUAACUGCUAGACCACCAUGAAGACCUGCGUCCUGUGGCUAUUACCCUUGCAGCUACUUUUUCAUGUAUUGUAUGCGGCAGAACAUGACGGUGUGGCAAGACACGCCAUUAAACUGCACAGAGGUAAGGGAGCCACUGCCAGCCAGAGAAAAGAAUGGCUGCUGAACAACUGCAGGAAGCUGUCUGGUCUCCUCCAUCAGAAGAACGUAGUCCUCAACAAGCUGAAGAACGCCAUCAAAGCGGUGGAGAAGGACCCGGGGCUGUCUCCAGAGGAGAAGCUCUUCCAAGUUCACACCUUUGAAAUCUUCCAGAAGGAGCUGAAUGAGAGUGAGAACUCCGUGUUCCAGGCCGUCCAUGGGCUCCGCAGAGCAUUGCAGGGAGACUAUAAAGAUGUGGUGAACAUGAAGGAGAGCAGCAGGCAGAGGCUGGAAGCUUUACGAGAAGCCGCCAUAAAGGAAGAAAAGGAAUAUGUAGAGCUUCUGGCAGCUGAGAAACAUCAGGUGGAAGCCAUGAAGAAUAUGCAGCAUCAAAAUAAAAGCUGGUCCAUGCUCGAUGAGAUUCUUGAAGAUGUCCGGAAAGCAGCAGAUCGACUGGAAGAAGAAAUAGAGGACCACGCUUUUGAUGAUAAUAAAGCGGUUCGUGGUGUAAAUGUUGAGGCUGUCCUACGUGUAGAAGAAGAUGAAGUAAAGAGGAAUACAUCUCAGCACGUGGUAGAGGAUGACUUGGGACUCAGUAUGCUGAUUGACUCUCAAAAUAACCAGUACAUCUUGACCAAACCCAGGGAUUCUACCAUACCACGCGCUGACCACCAUUUCAUUAAGGAUAUUGUGACGAUAGUAAUGGUGUCUCUGCCUUGUGGAUGGGUAUGUUCCAUGAUCGGACUGCCAACAAUGUUUGGCUAUAUCAUCUGUGGUGUUCUUCUAGGACCGUCGGGAUUGAACAGUAUAAAGUCUAUUGUCCAAGUGGAAACUCUCGGAGAGUUUGGUGUCUUUUUCACACUUUUUCUCGUUGGAUUGGAAUUUUCCCCAGAAAAACUAAGAAAGGUAUGGAAAAUUGCUGUGCAAGGGCCGUGUUUCAUGACAGUUUUGAUGAUCGCAUUUGGUUUACUAUGGGGGCACUUCCUGCAGAUAAAACCUGCUCAGAGUGUCUUCAUUUCAACAUGUUUGUCUUUGUCUAGCACUCCCUUGGUAUCCAGGUUCCUUGCAGGCAGCUCUCGAGGAGAUAAAGAUGGUGACAUUGAUUAUAGUAGUGUAUUGCUCGGUAUGCUGGUGAUGCAGGAUGUCCAGCUCAGUCUUUUCAUAGCUGCGAUGCCGACUCUUAUGCAAGCAGGAGGGAACACUUACUCCAGUGUUGUCUUGGAGAUUUUCCGGAUUCUGACGCUGAUUGGACAGAUAGUCUUCUCUUUGGUUGCAGUCGUUCUCAUCUGUCUUAUUAUGAAGACCUAUCUCAUCGGGCCUUAUUAUCGAAAACUACAUCAUGAAAGUAAAGGAAAUAAAGAAAUUCUGGUCAUGGGAAUCUCUGCUUUCGUUUUUCUUAUGCUGACGCUUACAGAACUACUGGAUGUGUCGAUGGAAUUGGGUUGUUUCCUAGCUGGCGCUCUCAUUUCGUCCCAAGGACACAUGGUUACUGAGGAAAUUAUGUCGUGCAUUGAGCCCAUAAGAGAUUUCCUGGCUAUUAUUUUCUUUGCUUCUAUAGGACUUCAUGUAUUUCCAACAUUUGUAAUUUAUGAGUUAACAAUUCUUUUAUCCUUGACAUUGACACUGGUGAUAAUGAAGUUUGUGUUGGCAGUGCUUGUACUGUCUUUGAUUCUGCCACAAAGCAGCCAGUACAUUAAGUGGAUCGUGUCGGCAGGGCUGGCUCAAGUCAGCGAGUUUUCAUUUGUUUUAGGCAGCAGAGCCCGCAGGUCGGGGAUCAUCUCACGAGAGGUCUACCUCCUUAUCCUGAGUGUGACAACACUAAGCCUUCUCCUAGCACCUGCUCUGUGGAGAGUAGCUAUUACCAAAUGUGUCCCAAGACCAGAUAAACGGCCGAAUACUUAAUAACCUUCAGAUUAUGGACAUCACCAGUGUUUCUUAGACCAUGUAUGUCACAGACAACUGUGUAGCCCUUUGAGGUAAAGCUUGUUUGGGUCAUGCUUCUGGGAUCACCGAGUCCUCACCCUGUUUAAUUUUGGUCAUGGUCCACCAUACAUAAUUUUUACAACAACUUCCUGGAGAUAAACUUGAAUAUUUCUUCUCUAUGUGCCUUUUAAUCUAAAUAUUGUUUCAUUUUAUCUUUUUUUUUUUUUUUUGAGCGUCAUCUUGAAGUAUUUUUAUUGCACUACUAAGUGCUGUUUGCUAGGACUGUUGGAUCAAGGCUCAAGUAAAUGGAAAAUCAACACAAUUGAAUGGUUUAUGGGAUAGGCAGCAGAUCACGCAUCAUAGCACUUGCAAUGGAAGUUAAGGUCAUGGUCAAAGUGUUGUUAGGACACAUACCCAUUUUCUAUUAUUAAGAUGCAGAGUUCCCCGCAGUAUCCUGGUUACGGCAGCACAUUUGCAGGUUCUUCUGUAUCAUAGAAAUAUUUUGUACGAAGGACAGAUGUAUAUUGGGUUUAUCCAGGAUUCUUUUCUUGUAUGAAGUUUUUGUGUCUUCUCCUUUUAUGUAAGAAUUGGUAGGGAGAUAAAUUUUUGUCUUCAAUGGCGUUAUUUAUUUAAUUCUAGUCGGGUGCAACAUAUUUCAGAUAUUCGAGCACACUACGCAUAUAAUUGCAGCUAUGGAAUGUGUUUUCUUAAAAGCUUUUCUAUGUGGAAAGUACCAGAGACCAAAAAUAAAAUUGUGUUUUAUUCGGUCAUAAACAAUUGCAGUAACUAUGAUUUCCCCUACAGUCAAUUUGAAAGACAUGGUUCUGCAAUGUGAAACCUUUAGGGUCUUUUACAUGGGGCGAUUAUCGGGCAAACAGGUUGAUAAUUGUUCUGUGUACAAGACCCAAUGAUCAGACAAUAAAUGACAAAUUAUACACCAAAUGUAUGCAGAGGCAACUGAUUCUUAAAGGGAAACUGUCAGCAGGUUCACCUGCUCUAAAGCCAAUACACAGGGUUAUAGUGUGGGUGAACCAGAACACAAUGGGGUAUCACUUACCUGGAUCCAGACCCAGACAAUGUAUUAGCUGGGAUUCCUGUUCUGAAAUUGGCUGGCUUUGCACAAUGGAGGCGGGACCCGACAUACCCAGCAUCCUUGCCUCCAUCCCCUUUGUACGGAUAUGUGUGCUCAUCACGCUCACAUGGGCGAAGGGGUCCCAUGAAUAUUCAGGGAUGUUGGAUAUGGUGGGUGCUUCCUCCAUUGCGCAAAGCGGCUAAUACAAAGGGUAAUUCUAGAACCGGACCGCAGAUCUGAGUGAUACCUCAUUGUAAUGUACGAUUUUGCACAAAUGUUACUUGCACAAAAUAUUUCAACACUGCAUGCAAGAAUAGCUUGUAACUGACAAAAGUCAUAAUGAAUAAAAAUUAACUGAUAAAAAUCAGACAUUACUUUUGAAUCGUGGUUUUUGAAAAACAAAAAAUGAAACUGGCCUGGACUAAAAAAAUAGCCCUUGAACUAAAUAUAUUGUUGCACAACCUUUUCAGGCUGUCACUGCAGUCAUGUGAUUUCUGGAUCUCUCAUUGAGACUUCUGCACUUUUCUUCAGGUAUCUUGGCCGACUCCUCAUAAGAUACUGCUCCAGCUGUCUUAGGUGUGAAAGGGUCUUCUACAGACUGCAGGUUCCUUCCUCAGAUCUUUAAUAGGAUCCAGAUCAGGGCUCAUAGAAGACCACUUCUGAACAGUCCAAUGUUUUGCUCUUAGCUGUGUGUUUUGUGAUCAUUAUCCUUUUGGAGGACCCAUGACCUGUGUCUGAGACCAAGCUUCCUGACACUGGGCAGCACUUUCACUCCAGAAUGCCUUGUGAGAUUUCAUUGUACAGAUUCAAGGCACAGCAGCCCCAAAACCUAACCGAGCCUCCUCCAUGCCUCACAGUACCUUUUUGUGUCUUUGAACAUAUAGCUGAUGUUACUUGCCAAAUAUCUCCGAUUAUGCCUUAUCUGUCCAAAGGACAUUCUCCUGGAAGCUUUUUUGGCUUGUCAAUCUGCAUUUUGGCAAAUUCCAGGCUCACUUUUUUAUGAUUUGCUUUUAACAGUUGUGUCGUCCUUGGACCUUCCAUUAAAUCCACUUAAGUCCACAGCAGCGGAUGGUGAGAUAUGAUACUGAUGUACCUAGACCUUGGAGUUCAUCUCUAAUGUCUUUUGAAGUUCUGGGCCUUUUGGUUACCUUUCGUAUAAUCCGUCUCUUCGAUUUGUCAUAAGUUUUCCUUGUGUGCACAUCCAGGAAGGUAGGCUACAGUCCUGUGGACCUUAAACUCCUGAAUAUGUGCAACUGUAGUCCCAGGAACAUCAAUCUGCUUGGAGAUCUUGGAGGUCCUAUAGCCUUUACCUUUAACAUGCUUGUAUAUAAUUUUCUUUCUUAUCUUCUAAGACAACUCUCUCCUUGGCUUUCUGCAGUCCAUAUUAAGUGUGGUACACACCAUGAUACCAAACAGCACAGUGACUACUUUUAAGGUGUGCAGGACACACCUUAGUUUAACAUGUUCCUAUAGUCAAAAUAUUUAUUUUCUAGGGGUGCCAUCAUUUUCGUCUAGGCCAGUUGGAUUAUUUUGUUUUUCUAAAUAAUUCUGUUAAACCACAAUAUAAAAGUUAAUGUCUGAUGUUCAUUUUCAGCACAUUUUUAUUAUAACUUUUGUAGUUUCAAGUUAUUUCAGGGAGCGUCAUGGGGGUUUCUGUCUUUAACGGAAGGGUACCAACAAUUUUGUCCACUUCUGUAUUUUAGUAAGUACUCCCCCAAGUGUAAAACAAAAAAAAAAAGAAAAAUAGGACCGGCACUGCUUCUAGCUGUAUAUGAGGAUCUAGGUGUGCUGAUGGCUGGCUGGUAGUUGCAUAUAGAGUAGUGGUGGUGCUCUGGCUAGGCACAGUAUGGUACAGGAGAGAUAUGAAGAAAUUGAGAUAGUUGGCAACUCACAGGCCAGACGAAGCACGUGAACCGUGCGAAACAACGGCUGCUGUCGCCUUCCACAUACCCCCCCAACUGUGUCCCUCUCUGUUGUCCGUGUUAUGUGAGUAUUCUCUACCAUAAAGAAGAGUGAGAAGCAUCGGUGAGUUGCCGACUCUUUCAAUUUCUUCAUAUUUCUCCUGCUCCCCCAAGUGUUACCAUCGGGACAGUGAGUAGCAAUAUAUAUUUUUUUUAAAUGCAAUUUUCGGAAAUGGUACUGGGCUCACUCCCAUCUGGACAAUGUUAUUUUUGUGUUUCCUAAGUGUGUAGCUGGUAUUUUCUAGUACCGACUGUUAACUCAUUCCAGUUUCACAGAGACCAAAUGGUAUAAGGGAAUGUUUGUUAGAGCACACUAAAGCUCUUCAAAACACUGCUGCUCCUUAACUAAUAAAAAAAUGUAUUGCUUUUGUUUAGGGACGAAUGCAGGACCAAGUUUUUGUUUUUGUCUUAAAAGAACCCUACACAUUCUUUUCUUUAUCUAGUUUUCCAGUGGUCUAACUUUUGUAUACAUUGUCCAAUGGUUUGGGUUUGCUUAAUAUUUACUUGUCUUCAAAGGGUUAUGCUCAUCCUAAAAUGUUAGGCUAUACCAUAACGUUCAGAUCAGUAAGGGUUUCAGAACUGACCUCUGGGACUCCCACUGACCAUAAGAAUGAAAGGUCAAAUUCCUUUUGGCUUAUUACUUGCACAAGGUAGAUCCUGGCCACCAUCUGUGCAGGAAACUGUAGCAAAGUCUCAUUCAAGUCAAUAGGGCUGGGUUGUAGUUCCUUGCACAGGACAUAAUGAGAGUGUUGCUGUGGGGUCCUGAGGUUGGACCUGAAGAUUUUAGGAUAUGCAGCAUUUUUGGUGAUCGUUCAUUCUGAACAUUAGUGAGGGUCUAGACAGUCAGUCUCCCACCAAUCGGCAAAUGCCAUCACUUACUGUCAUGGAAAUAACCCUGUAAAUGAAAUGGACAGUAAUUGUUGAUUUUAUCAGGGAUAAUGUGAAUGGUUGUAUUACUUGAAGGUUAAAAUAAAGAGAAUCUAAACUUUUCUUGCACAUCUUUUCAUUAGGUGUAUCAAAUAUAUCUCGUGUCUCUGCUGCACUCCUUUCUGCGCAAGGAAAAUGACUGUAUAUACUGACUUGGUUAACAGCUUUCUACAUUUUAAAGAGUACCUAUCAUCAAAAAAAGUUUUGAUAUGUUAAAGCUGAUUGUAUAUAGAACAACUUUGUAAUUAGAUUUAAUUUAAAAAAAAUGCUUCCUUUUAUGUGUUUUUUAGUUUUGAAAAUGUGGCCACUAGGGGUCUCCCUAGCCACAAGCUUUUCAUUGAUUUCGGACUCACGCCAGCCUGACAGUGAGUCCGAAAUCGCAGUGCUGGCUGAGCACGUGACCAGCUCAGCGCAGUUCCCCGCCUGUCAAUCAGACAGGCGGGAGCGCUGUGCUCACAUGCAGGGCACUGAACACCAAGGAUAAGCGGCGCUCUGAACACUGGGGACAAGCGACGCUCUGAACACUGGGGACAAGCAAGCAUCUGGGGACAAGCAA